CCUCCUUCCAACCCGCCACCCAACCAGCAGAAACAAUCUGGUUGUGCCAUCUUCACCAUUCCAAAUAUGUCCCAUACCCCCUCCACCAAAUUAUCCAAGGAUUAUUUCACAUCAUGGCGCACACAGAAUCUUGCGUAUCUCCAAGGCCAAGACGCAUACGGUUUCAUGGAUGGAACCAAUCCACCACCGCAGCAAACCAUUCCCAACGCCAAUACCGCAGCAGAUGUGCCAGCCACCAUGCUUAACCUCGAUUUCAUGCAGUGGGUCCAGAAGGAUCAAAUGAUUCUAAGUGUUUUGAUUUCUACUCUCACUGAACCCUUCAUGGUGCAUGCCGUGGGAUGUGCUACUGCCCGUGCACUUUGGGAUGCCUUGAUCUCCAUGUUCGCUUCGCAGUCCCGUGCUCGAAUCAUGCAGAUCCAUUAUCAGCUUGCUACAUCUAAGAAAGGUAACUCUUCUAUUAUUGAGUAUUUUCAGAAGAUCAAAAACCUCAGCGAUACUCUAGUUGCUGCCGGACAGCCCCUGAAUGAUUUUGAGAGCGUACCAUUCCUUCUUGUUGGGCUAGGAUCUGAUUACGAUCCUUUCGUAACUUCUGUUACCACACGGGUCGAUCCUCUCACUAUUGAUGAAAUAAAUGGCCAUCUAUUGGCUCAUGAGAUGCGAAUUGAACACAACAUGCCCAUUGCUGAGAUGCAGCUGCCUUCUGCCAAUUAUUUUGCCCACUCGAGCAUACCAAGCGGAAGAGGUUUUUUUGGGAGGAACUCAUACUCUGAAGGCCGACCAGUGUACUGUGGACACACCCUUGCGUUUCCAACAUGUGGGCAUGGCUCCUUCUUCCCCAACCAAGUUGUGCCGUAGCCCACCAUGUUUGCCAGUUAUGCGGCAAAAUUGGCCACCUUGCCUCUCGGUGCUACUCAAGGUUUGAUGCAUCCUUCCAGAAUGAGUCUACCGCUCCUCCACAUGCUCUCUACUCCUCUCCAUCAGUGAACUCAGCUGAGGACUAGUAUCCAGACACAGGCGCAUCUCAUCAUCUUACCAAUGAGAUGAACAACCUCAAGCUUACAUCUGAGGAAUACUCCGGCACAGAUCACGUUUGCAUAGGAAACAAUUCAGGAUUGCCGCACAAAGAUCUCUCUUCAUCACGGCCAACUUAAGAAUGGUCUCUACCGAUUUCUGCAUUCGUCUCCACCAUCGUCAAUAAAUCAUGUGAAUGUAUAUCUGCGACUCACUGGCAUCGACGUUUAGGUCAUCCUGUUUUUCAUGUCGUUCGGCACAUUUUAUCUAAAUUCAGUCUUCCAGUCACCACCAAUAAAGCUCUUCGCCUUGCUCUGCUUGUUUGGUUGCCAAAGGUCAUUAGCUACCACUUAUAAUUCCAACACUAAAUUCUGUAAUCCCCUAGACUUAGUUUUUUUCGGAUGUUUGGGGACUAUCCCCAU